UUAAUCGACUUGGACUUAAGGUUAAACCAACUGUCUAUCCAAGUAGAUUAAAAUUUGGGCCCAGAUUUUGAUCAAUCCAAACACUGAACCAACCAUCGUCCCCUUCGUCACUCACUACCUUCAACAGUUCAACCCUAACUCUCACUCUCUCUCUCUACCAAAAACUUCAACUCACACACCCAGAAAAAACAAUGGAGUAAAGCCAUCCUUAAACCCAAAACCCAACAAAAAAUUAAUCAAAAAUUCACAAUGAGCAAACCUCCAUUUUCAUGGCUUUCCCGCUUAAUCUCCACCAAAACCCUAACCCUUAAACCCACCUCAACCCCUCAUCAUCACCACCAUAAUCGUACAUUCUCUAUCCUCCGACCCAUUUCUUCAAUACCCACAUUCAAAUCUCCUCUACAAAUCCGCCAUUUUUGCGAUUACAACUACGCAGAAGAUGAAAUGGCGCAGUCACUCCAAAACCUGAAAAAUGAAGCAGAAAGGGAGAAGCAUAGGGAGAGGGAAGAGAAGCGUAAAGCGGGUAUUUUCGUUGAUGAAGCAGCUGAAGAAGAGGAGGAUUGGAUGGGUGUUAAUCCUUUGAUUGAGAAAUUGGAGAAGGAAGAAGCAAAGGGUUAUGGUAUGCAUGAUAAGGUGAAAUGGGAUCCCAGUUUUGAUGAUUUUAGUGAUUCGGAUUCUGAAAAUGAUGAAGCUGAAGAUCCUGAAGUUAUACAGGAGACUAGGAAGUUUAAUUUGAUGGUUGAAAGGAAGUUUAAUCGUUAUCAGGAGUUGCUCAAGGAAUUUGCUACCUCAAGAACUUUUGAUGAUGGCUUGAAAUGGAUGAAAAAGAUUGAUAAGUUUGAGGAGAAGCAUUUCCGUCUUCGACUGGAGUAUAAAGUCAUUGGCGAAUUGAUCAAUCGUUUCAGGGAAGCCACUGGAAAAGACAAGUUUCUGCUUGCCCAGAAGUUGAACAGGGCUAUGAGGUUGGUGGAGUGGAAGGAAACUUUCGAUCCUAAAGAUCCUGCCAAUUAUGGAAUUAUACACAGGGAGGAAUUGCCUUCUGCAGAAGUCGUCGAGGAUGAUGACGUUGAGAGGGAAAAGUCGAUGAUAGAAGGCAAAAUCGAUGAUGAUGAUGAGGAAGAGUUUGAUGACAUGAAAGAGAGAGAUGACAUACUUCUGGAGAAGCUUAAUGCUAUUGACAAAAUGCUAGAAGAAAAAUUAACAGCAUUGGAUCAUACAUUUGGAAGGAAAGGAAAACUUUUGGAAGAAGAAAUUAGAGAUCUUGCAGAGGAGAGAAAUUCCUUGACAGAAAAGAAAAGAAGACCAAUGUAUAGGAAAGGCUUUGAUGCACAAUUGAUUGAUAUGAACCGGACAUGCAAAGUGACAAAGGGUGGUCAAGUGAUCAAGUACACGGCAAUUAUAGCAUGUGGGAAUUAUAAUGGUGUAGUUGGUUUUGCCAAAGCAAAAGGUCCAGCAAUACCUAUUGCACUUCAGAAGGCAUAUGAGAAAUGCUUUCAGAAUCUCCAUUACAUUGAUAGAUAUGAGGACCAUACAAUUGCACAUGCCGUACAGACUACAUACAAGAAAACAAAGGUCUAUCUAUGGCCUGCAAAAACUGCAACGGGAAUGAAGGCAGGCAAAACUGUACUCACAAUUUUAAACUUGGCUGGCUUUAAAAAUGUCAAAUCAAAGGUUAUUGGUUCAAGGAAUCCACAUAACACUGUCAAGGCUCUUUUCCAAGCUUUAAAUGCGAUCGAAACUCCAAAAGACGUUCAGGAGAAGUUUGGCCGAACUGUUGUUGAAUCUUAUCUUCUAUAGUUGAAGUUCCCAACCAUUUUCUGUAAACCUUACCUUUUUUUUUUUUUUUUUUUUUUUUUCCUUGUUUCAUUCUACAAAAGAAUCAUUUUUUUCCCCUUUGGAGUAGAAAGGGAGAGAGGUGAAGACCAAUAUUGUUCGCUCUGCUUAAACAAUGUAUUUUUGUAGUUUAGUAUUGUAUCCGCAGAGGAAUAUCGUUGUCCAGGAUAUCACUUUUAAAUUUUCUUCUGUUUGGGUUGUAAAGGCGAAAACAGUCAUAGUAUUCAGCUUUUCUAAUAUUGAAUAAUCUUCCAAAUUCGGGGGAAGGAAUGCUACAUUUUUCA